CUUGGCGCAAUUUUUUAUUCGCAGCAGCACAAUUCGCGCAGCACUAUAUAGUUAGAGAGGUCGCUUGAGUUUGUCCAAUUUGUCAUUUUGCAACUUCUUCAUUUAUAGCUACACUAUCAUAAAGAGUAGGGAGGCGACAGAAAGUUACACCUCACACCACGACUACCCUACUGCUUCGCUCUUGUACUUCAAUCCUAUCGAAUAGCAUUGUUUCAUCAUCUUCUCAUCAAGUAGUUUUUCUCGCUAAUCCGAGCAUCGCAUUCAGAGAUUCACAUACAAUUUGAAAUGGAACAUCUCCACAUCAACUUUAGCAAUAUCCAUUGCAACAACUGUGUUUCUUCUAUAUUCACAGUGCUAUCUCAGUAUUUCACCGUUUCUGAAAUUAAGGAACUCAGCAAGACAAAUCCGAUCUUGCUGAUAAACAACAACGAUGUGGACGUCUACUACAGUAUCGACUCAUCCAAGCCAUCCUCCGAACCUCCUAUGAAGAAAAUCAUCAAAUCUCUAAACAAGGCUGGUUUCAAGUUGCUUUCUUGGGAAAUAGAGAAAGAUGGCACUGUAGUUCUCAGCAGCUCUGGCAAUGCUUCGCCAAAUGUCGAGGAUAUCUUUUCAGCCGACCAUGCUGAAGGAUUUUUUGACUUCUUGAACUUAUACUCUAAGUUUGCUAAAUCUCGUUCUACCAAAAACCACUUGAAAAACUGUGUAACUUGCCAGUUGGAGCAAACGGCCAGAGCUGCUAAGGACAGAGACUCAGAGAACGAGACUUCAACGUUGGAAACUGUAGUGGACCAGCCAGACAAAGAGUACAGAGCCGUCUUUUCAGUCACGGGCAUGACAUGUGCUGCCUGUGUUCAGUCUGUAACAGCUGAAUUGAACAAUAUUCUCAAUGGAGGAACUCCUGUCAAAUCAGAGGAGCCCAACUUUUCAGUCGAUCUUAUCCAACAAAGUGCAGUAAUAAUCAUUCCAAACAAGCAAAUCAUCAACAAGGUCGUAGACUCCAUAAAUGACAUUGGCUUUGAGUGUAGACUCCUAGAGGUGUUGCCAGUGCAGAGAUCCAUAAACACCAAAGUCACUGCUAUCAUCAGUGGUAUAACCUGUGUAGCUUGUGCCAACUCCAUCCAAUCUGCAGUCAAAGAAUUACCAUUUGUGUUGGACUCUGGUAUCAAUACUGUAACAAAGACCGGACAAUUCGUGUUGGAAGAAUCUCCUUCUGAUAAAGUAAAUCAUUUGGCCAAGCUCAAGGAGACAAUCGAGGACUGCGGCUUCGAUUUUGAAGUAGUAUCAAAAGAUAAGAUAAAUUAUACUUCAUCAAGGAAGAAGUCCAGAACAAUUAACAUCAGUGUUAAUGGGAUGCACUGUGAACAUUGUCCUGAGCUAGUUGCCAAUUACUUGUCUAGUUAUGGUGAAGCUAUAGUCAUUAAUGAUCCCAUAACUUUAGAACAUCCAUUCAUCAAGUUUACAUACAUCCCAAACAAUGAUGUCACAGUAAGAAAGUUUCUUCGUGACUUGAACCAUAUUGUUCCAAGUGAAAACGAAGACGGAUAUACCUUCAAUUAUGACGAACAAGGUGUAUUCAAUUGUGCGUUAGUGGAAUCUGUUUCUAUGGAUGAACACUUGAGAAAGCUUUCCAAGAAGGAGAUUCUUAGAGUCGCCGUAAGACUAUUGAUUGCUACCGUAUUUGCCAUUCCUACGUUUGUGUUUGGAAUAGUUGCCAUGUCAUUAUUACCUUCCAGUCACCCAUUUCGUAUGUGGGUCGAAGACCCACUUUGGGCAGGUAACGUCUCUAGAAACACCUGGAUCUUGUUGUUUUUAAGUACACCUGUCUAUUUCUUUGCGGCGGACAUUUUUCAUCGCAAGGCGAUUAAAGAAGUCAAAUCGUUGUGGCUCCAUAAGAAUUCCUUCAAAUCUAGACUAUUUAAGUUUGGAUCGAUGAAUUUAUUAAUGUGUUUGGGUACUUCAGUUUCAUACUGGGCUUCUAUUGUUUUGUUAAUUUUGAGUGCCAAGCAAGAACCUAAGAGCCACAUGGGCUUUCACACAACGUACUUUGACUCGGUCGUUUUCUUGACUUUCUUCUUGUUGAUCGGAAGGCUUCUUGAAAGCUAUUCUAAGAGCAAAACCGCUAGUGCAAUUGCGAAUUUGGGAUCAUUGAAAGUUUCGACAGCAACGCUAGUAGAUCUUGUCGACGACAAUUUUGCUAACGAUGAAGUCAUCGAUGUGAAGUAUCUAGAGACAGGUGAUUAUAUUCGUGUAGCUACUGGUGAAUCCCCUCCAGUAGACUGUGUCAUUGUAGAAGGCUCUUCUGAAUUUGACGAAUCAGCCUUGACCGGUGAAUCAGUACCCGUCAAACAUUCAUCGGGCCAUCAAAUAUUUUCCGGUACUGUCAAUACUGGCAGCAAUGCCGUGAUAGCAAAAAUUAUCAGCUUAGAAGGCGAUUCGUUGAUCGAUCAAAUUGUCAACACUGUCAGAGAUGGUCAGAUGAGGAAAGCUCCUAUUGAAAGGACUGCAGACUUGUUAACUGGAUACUUCGUUCCUGUAAUUACGUUAUUAGCAAUUAUUACCUGGAUAAUCUGGUUGUCUCUUGGACAUUCUGGAGCAUUGCCUGAUGGGUACUUGGAUAUCGACAUCGGUGGUUGGACUGUUUGGUCUUUGGAGUUUUCCAUUGCAGUAUUUGUUAUUGCAUGUCCUUGCGGAAUUGGACUAGCUGCUCCUACUGCUCUUUUUGUCGGUUCAGGGUUGGCUGCGAAAUAUGGUAUUUUAGCAAAGGGUGGUGGCGUUGCAUUCCAAGAUGGUGCCAAUACCAAUGUUGUCUGCUUUGAUAAAACUGGUACAUUGACCCUUGGUGAAUUACAAGUUACUGACUACGCUUUUGCUUCUCUUAAUGAAAGGGAUAGUGUAGUCAAAACUUUUGCAUUACAAACUGCUAGAGAUUUGGAGUUGGCAUCUAAACAUCCUUUGGCUAAAGCUGUCAGAUCUUUCAUCGAAGGCUACGCAUUUCCUAAGCAUGACAUCAAGAGUAGCCAGAAUAAGGUCCCUCGAGUAGAAACAAUUCCAGGUAAAGGUCUUCGUGGUGAGAUAGAGUUUGAUAACGGAAGUGAUAUUUGGAAUGAAUACAAACCUUCCGAAGUAAUUCUAGGAAAUGAAGCUUUGUUGUCUGACUGUGGUGUCAAAAUAACCGCUGACCAACUGGAAGUAUUGAACAAGUGGAAAUCUGAGUGUAAGUCAAUCAUCCUAGUGGCAAUCAGGGCAAAGCUCUUUGGGGAUGAACUGUUCCAUUUGGUAUUGAUGUUAGCUACAAGAGACCAGCUUAGAGCAGAGACAAAAAAAGUUAUUGAAUAUCUCCAGACGCACGAUAUCGAAUGCUGGAUGAUUACUGGUGACAAUGCAAUUACUGCCAAGGCUAUUGGGGAGGAAAUUGGUAUCAAGAACAUAGUCAGUGAAGUUUUACCUGCCGAAAAACAGGCACAAGUCAAAAAGAUACAGCAGUUGAAGAAGGUUGUUGUUGCUAUGGUUGGUGAUGGUAUCAAUGAUGCUCCAGCUCUUGCAACUGCCGAUGUCGGAAUUGCUCUUUCUUCAGGUGCCGACUUGGCUGUGACAUCUAGUGAUUUCAUAUUGUUGAAUAAGUCUCACCCAUUGAUCACGUUGGUUACAUUGUUUGAUUUGUCAAAGACUGUGUUCAGAAGAGUCAAGUUCAACUUUGGGUGGAGUUUAGUUUACAAUAUAAUUGGAAUCCCAAUUGCGGCUGGCGUUAUUUAUCCGUAUAACAACACGAGGUUGAGUCCCGUGUGGGCCAGUGUUGCAAUGGCCGCCUCUUCUGUCAGUGUUGUUCUGAGCAGUUUGGCUUUAAAACUCUACAGGCCGAAGAUAAAAUCAGAAGAUUUCAAAUUGGAAGAAAGUGCCGCUGCUCUAGAACCAAAGGAGCACGAAUUCUAG